AUGCAGCGUCACUGGAACAAGGGCAACUGCGCACUCACCGAUGGGCCGCUGGUCGCCGUCAGCGGUGGCAAAGCCGAGAAGUACAACAAGCCGGUGAUCCCGCCAUAUCUCGCGGCACCCAUCUACCUAAAGGGCUCCGAGUCGGCUUGGAACACCCUCUACUUCAGCGCAGACCUCUGCAGCCCCAACCAGCAGGGAAACCCGAUCUGCGAGUACCUCGACGCAGCCGUGGGUGUGGCAAACUACUUGUCCGAGCACGUCACUGGCGCAAGCAGUACCGUCUGCAAGGCCGUCAAUCCCGAUGGAAAGGCUCAAACUGAGAAGUGUUCCGACGGAAUCUGA